AUGUAUAAUAAUUAUGCCAAUAAAAAUACUAUCAAAGUGAACAACGACAAUGAUAAUAAUAUUAAUGGUGAUGAUGAUGAUGACGACAACGACGAUGAUUUGGAAUGUUAUAUGAGAUCUUUGGGUCGCUUCCUCGUCAGCUACAGAGACGUGAGUGGUGGAGUGAGGAAAAGAAUAAAGGAUGGCGAACGAAGAAAUGAUGAUGAUGAUGAUAUUUACGGUGAUUAUGAUGAUGAUGAUGAUGGUGGUGGUGGUAAAAGAAAAAAUUCAGUUGGCAAGAAAAACAGUACUAAGAAAGUUGAAAAACCUCCAGCUAAAUUGUUCCCGCCUACAACACGAUCGACAACUUCAACGUUAAAAAAGUCACAGAAGCCACCACACCUACCACUAUCACCACCAACAACAACCCCACCGUUGAUGUUUCCAACAUGGACGUGCUUCAGGACGAGGGACAUCUUCCGAGAGUUUCUGAAAACGGAGCAGCACUACAACCGAUCUUUGAAAUGUGUCGUCAGCAACUUCCGGCAACCUGUCUUGUUGUCGCUGGAGAGCAACAGGGCAUUCACCAGUUGGCAGAAUGCCAAGUUGUUGUUUGAUGACGUCAACAACAUCUACCACAUCAGUUGUUGCUUUCUGAAAGAAUUGGAAGCACAAAACAGCCACACGCAAUCAACAAAUUAUUUGUUGGGCGAGUGUUUCACAAGAGUUAGCAACGACAUUCAACAAGUUUACUCCAGUUAUUUGCUGUCGUAUCCGUCCAUAUUGAAUGUUUACGAUAAGGUUGUCAGGCAGUCCGUGCUAUUCAGGUUGUUUCUCCGCAAAGUUGAGUUCACUGCAUCGUCCAUGAUGAGCAGCCUACCAGACCUGUACAUGAAACCGUGGAAACGAGUGCACGAGUACAUCAAUCUAUUAACGGCCUACAGGAAUUUGUUGUCUGCUGAUCACGUGGACGCACGCAAUGUUUUGAUUGGUUUAAAGUUUAUGAAAGCUUUGAAAAAGUCUAUAAUGGAAACCCAGAAGAGAUUGGAGAGUGAUGGAAAGAUGGAUGCCCUGCAAGACACCAUAGUACAAUCACCUUUGUUGAAGGAGCCAGGGAGAAGAUACGUGGCCGAACUGCAUUGCAUUUGCUACUUGGUGGUUGACACAAACUCCUGCGUGCCUGAAUUCAAGGUCCCAAUGGCGAAGGACGACCUCUCCUUCUUCCUCUUCAACGACUGCAUGGUGUGCUGCCAACGUGUGGCGACGCACGUGCCAUUCAAGUCGAACAUAACCAACAAGUACAUCUUCGUGCAAACGUGCUCCCUCCAGUACCUGAGGGUCUCCAAUUUAAUGGACACCGCGUAUAUGAGGAAUGCUUUUAAGAUGUGGACUCCGAAGAACCAGUGGUUGUGUUCGGUGGACGACAACCUGACGAAGCAUCAGUGGGUAUCAACUCUCGAACGCACUGUCAAAAAGAUCUUGAAGAAGCAUUGAUAUAUAUAUUUCAUAUAAUAAACUUCUUCAAUGGUUGCUCAUCGACGCUCUUACUACAAAGAAUUAAUUGACAAAUAAAAGGCAUUGUUCACCGUAACCAGUGGUGGCUCUAGGGGGGGUCCGGGGAAAACCUUGGUUAUGAGUAGUGUUUUGUUUUUAUUAAGUCAGUGAAACUCUGUUUUUAGACACAGAAAAACACCGUUUUUAAGUAUAAAAUCGACGAAACAAGUAAAAGGUCUCUAGUAAUUUUGUCCACACUAGCGAACACUUGAUGUUAAUUUUUUGGCCCACGUCAAAUUUAAAAAUUUCAACAUUUUUAAAGUCUUUGUCCCCCGCCAACGAUAUCUAGAUCCGCCACUGCACUGACCGUAUUUAACAUUUAUUUUUUAAAAUUUGUAAAUGUGUACUUUUCUCAACUGGUCUGCUGUUGAUAAAUUAUUUAUGCAUUUAUGUAAUCAAUAAAUUGUGAAGAGUAA